GUAUUUCUGAACUGGUGCAGUGCCGGUUCAUCUCCACAGAUGGUGUGCAGAACAAGGGGGACCUAGAAGAAAAACUUUGUCAAAAAAUCUCCUUUUAAUUUAAAAAAAAACACAACUUAAAAAUUCAUCAUCAUGAGUUUAAUUUCCUCCUCCUCGCUGAUCCGGCGCAGGGACAACCAUUCCAGCCCCUACCACUUCUCCCAGAUGUCCUUCACUUCCUCGCGGAGACUGCCGAAGUCAGUGCCACUGCACUACUGGGAGACAAAUGAGCUGAGCGUGGUAUGUGCAGAGCUGGUGGGUGUGAGAGCUCAGGAAAGGGAAGAGUUAGUGGGGCUGAAUGACCGCUUUGCCUCCUACAUCGAGAAGGUGCGUCGUUUGGAACAGCAGAAUCGGAUGCUCACGGUGCAGCUGGAAGCUCUGCAGGGCAUACAGGCUCAGCCAUCUCGGCUGCAGCAGCUGUACAGGCGAGAGGCGCAGGAUCUCCGACAGCAGCUGCACCAUGAGACUCAGGACAAGGAACAUAUGGAGGUGCAGACAGACAAGCUGCGGGUAGAGCAGGAAGAGCUGGAAAAGCGCUGGCAGGAGGAGGUGCAGCGGCGUGAGCGGGCCGAAGAUGAGCUGCAGCGUGCAAGGGAUGAGGCAGACAGGACAGCACUGAUGAGUGGUGACGCUGAGGUGAGAGUGAUUUCUUUGGCGCAGGAGUUAGCCUUUCUGAAGCAGGUGUUUGCAGAAGAGCGGGAGGGCCUGAAGGUGCAACUGCAGGUGACCAGUCUGAGCUCGGAGCCAGAUGUGAGCAGACCAGACCUCUCAGCCGCCCUGAGGGAGAUCCGUGCACAGUACGAGAGCCUGGCCAGGCGCAACAUGCAAACAGCCGAAACCUGGUACCAGGGAAAGGUGGCCAACGUGGCGCAAGUAGCCAAUAAGCAGCAGGAGGCUGUGCGCUUGGUGCGUGAGGAAACGGCCAAGCACCGUCAGCUGCUGCUUGCCUGCUCCACCGAGGUUGAAACUCUGAGGAGUGUCAUCAACUCAUUAAAUGCACAGCUCAGAGAACUAGAGGAGACACAGAGUGAGGAGGUUGCCAAGUAUCAGGGGAGGAUAAGUCAUCUGGAGAGGGAUAUUUCUGAGGCUAAAGAGGAGAUGUCACGCUACUUGAAGGAAUAUCAUGAUCUGUUGAACGUAAAGAUGGCCCUGGACAUUGAAAUCGCAGCAUACAAGCAGCUGCUUGAGGGGGAGGAGAUUCGGCUGACGUUCUGCUCCUUGCCUCUUUUGGCAUAAACCCUAACCUACAAAUCCCCUUUCAAAAUUUCCAUCAACCUUGUCCCAUUGAUGCUGAACCUUCAUGCUCACCAAACCACUUAACUCUUGAACCUUGACCAAGUCUUCAAUCUUGUCCACAAAGAGCUGGUGUGGCUGCAGGUUUUCAUAUCAACCAAGCUGGAGCUACAUUUGACUGUUUAGCUGUGCUGUACCUCCUGUUUGGCUGGAAUGAAAGUCUGCAGCCACAAUGGCUUUAAUUCUAAUCCUAAUUCUCCAAACCCCAAACUAUGUUGCUUUAACCCUCAAGCCUAGGAUCUAAACCCACAUUAUGAUACCUAACCAUAUAUUCCCAUUACCAGCAUCACUGAUUUAAAGAGAAAUGAGCCCUUGUGUUACACAAGAGGUAAACCAGGAUCUUCCCCCUUCUUCUUCACACUCUAAAGAAAACAAGGCCACCAUGGAGAGAACACUAAGUUCAGCACUUGCCCAGUCAGAGUUUAAUAUCCUCUUGUUGGUGAAUUCUCACUCCUCUGUUCUUCUCUAAGUGCCAGUCAUGGUUGGUGAUCAAGCCCCUUCUGUUCAAACUAUCAGCCAGUCGUUUGUGAAGGUGGCUUCUUUUCAAAAACCAGUCUUUUAUUAGGCACUAGAAAUUUACUGAGGUAGUGACUUUAUUGUCCUGAAUUUUGACCCAAUAUCCACCAACAGGAUGUUACUCUGCACACUGGCCCUGUAAGCGUAGUAAGUGAACUAACUGAAUGUCUUCAGAGACCAUUCAGAGCUGUAGCAAAACAUUUGCUUGUCGUUCAUAUUCCUAGAUAACUUUUAGUCUGCAUCCUAAUAGUGUGAGGAUUGGUUGUUUCAUUAAAUUGUAAAGUAUUUUACAUACUAGAUAUAUGUUGGCUAAAAAGGUCAAACAUUGCUACUGAAGAAACAUUAGCUAAAAAAAUUGUGUUUAUCCCUAUAAAAACACUACAGUAGUGAAUCUUUGUGCUCUCAUCUGCUUCUGUUACAUCUGCCCAUCAAUGUGAAACUAAGUCAAUUGCUAGUGGGUUGAACAACAAGCAGAGAAGUAACCUCUGCUCCUAAAAACAAUACCUACUGAAUAAAACUAAUACAAAACUUA